CCGCCUCCUCUGGGCUUUCCCCGCGGCGGCGGGCGGCGGGCGCGCGCGGGACCGCAGUACCGACCGCGCUGUCGGUUCGGACGGUGCGAGCGCGGGAAGAGGGCGCCGCCAGCUCGCGCCGCACCCCCCAGCCCAGCGCCCCGGCCGCGGCUGCCGGCGUCCCCGCGGGCUCGGAACCAAGCCGCCGGCCGCCGCGCUCCGGUCCCGCCUGGCCGCGGAGAUGAGCCGGAGCCCGGGCGCCGGGUUCCUCGCGCUCCUCGUCCUGCUGCCGCUGCUGCCUCCGCCAGGCCAUGGCAACGAGGGCAGCGUCAUCGGCAGUUGUUACUGCCACAGGAGGAUUCCUUCCCACUCCCCUCCGAAGGGGGAGGUCAUGGCACAUUUCCGAAAGCACCUGAGAGCCUAUGAUCGCUGUAAUUCCUACAUCAGGUUCCAGCUCCAUUCCCGCAGCGUGUGUGGGGGGAGCAAAGAUGCUUGGGUUCAAGAACUGGUGAGCUGGUUUGAUUGCAAAGAAUAUGGAUAUGCUAACUCCGGGAGUGCAGCCCCCCAGGAGCUCUUACCUCCUCCCACCACCCAAGUUCCUGAGCCCACGCAAAGGGCACCUUUAGACACGGGCUCCCCUGCUCCGACGCACCUGCCACCCACCUCGCAGCCCACGCUUCCAGCAGGGGCCCAGUCGUUGGACAGAAACCUCACCCGCGCCGAUAACAUCACUACAUCCACUGAGGGCCACCGUCAGGGGCCUGAGGAGAGGCAGAAGCAGCUGGAAGAAAGAGUAGGGCCUUCCGAGAGAACCUCAGCCAUGGUGCCAGUGGUGUCCCUCCUGACCAUCAUCUUCGUUCUCACUGUGGUCCUCCUGUAUGUGCUGUGCAGGAGGAGGAGGGAGCAGUCACUGCAGCACUCUCCAGAUUUGCCGCUGUAUUAUACACCCGUGGCAUCAGACUCCAGUGCUUGAGUGGAGAGCGGAAACCUGAGAGGACACUGGCCUCAGGCUCCUGCCCCCUUCCCAAGGUUCCUGGCUCCAGCGCCUCCCCUCAGGGUCCCACCGCCCCCACGAUUUUAUUUCCUCAAUCCCGGUAUCACCCACGUAUGCUCCAGUGAGAGUCCCAGCUCCCUGCUUCCGUUGCUGUUGUUUUUUUUUUUAAUUAAAACCCCUGGUUCUGC